AAUUGCCUCGUGUGUGAACCGAAUUAGGGGCUGGCUUGACCGCAGUCGACAAGCCCUCACCAGGCUCGAGUCGGUGGCCUGUCGCUUGAAAUAGUUCCGCCCCAAAGGAUCAUGGGUAAUAGGGCUCCUUUCACAUCUCGCGAUGCUGCAGGACGGACGGAUCGCGCUUCAGCAAAUCUUGCCGAAUUUGCGACCGAAUGUUGGGAAUCGUCGACGCUUGACGCCCCUGAUCGCGACUUUAGUGGCCGAAAAACGUCACUCGUGCCAUCUUCGUGUCCGGUUGGAGUCGUCUCGUGCACCUUGAAGCUGCUCGGCCUAGCCUAGCUUAGUUUAGCUUAGCUUAGCAUGCUAACAAAGAGACGCGUUGGUGAUCGACGCUUCGCUAAGCAGAGAUCAAGCUGGAGAACGAGAGUGCUUAGAGGAUGAGGAGGAUGCUAUUCAUGUGGCACAGCUUGAAGCGGGCAUCGGGUGCAGGCGGGGAUGGGCCUGGCUCCAGUUGGAGGCCAAAACAAAAACCGCAAAACAAUGCAUGUCUGGAUUUCCACUUGUUUUUCCUCUUCCCUCCAACCUAGAGCGGAAAGCGUUGCGAUCGCCGUGUGAAAAUGUGCGCGAGGAGGACAGCGGAGUACGAGGAGGAACUUUGGGGCCCGAAAGAGGAGAAGGCGCCACAAGGUCAACGACUGGACGCUGCGUUCAAGCUGCAGCUUCCGACUGUGCCAUGCAGAGCAGACAUCACUGAAGAUCUUCGUACUGAGCGGCAGGAGCCAGAGCCCCCUCACAUUAAAGAGGAAGUGGAGGCCAAAGAGGUCCACCACAUCAAAGAGGAAGAGGAGCCCAUUUUGAUUACAAAAGAGGAGGAAGAAGCGUGUCCCCACUUGGAAGAGGAAGAGAAGAUCACCAAGUUUCCAUUGACUGGUGUCCCUUUGAAGAGUGACAAUGAAGGUCAAAGUGAGGAGAACAUAGGGGCGGAACCUCCAAGCAGCAGCUCAAGUCAACACAUGACAAGAGAAGUUGAUGGGGACCACUGUGGAGGAUCACAAGCAGACUGCCUCUUAGCUCCGCCAUCAGAUAGUGACGACAUGACGUCACACUCUUCUGACUAUGAUGACGAUAACCAGUCUGAAGGUGAUCUGACAUGUCACGCUGACAACAAACGAUGGAAAUGUUCUCAGUGUGGGAAAACAUUUGCUAAUAAGAGCAUUUUGAAACAACAUGCGAGAACACACACUGGAGAAAAACCUUUUGCUUGCUCAGUUUGUGGCCAAAGAUUCACUCAGAAGGGACACUUAAAAAUGCACACAAGAACGCACACUGGUGAGAAACCUUUUUCCUGCUCAGUUUGUGGUCAAAGAUUCUCUGUGAAGGAAAGGUUAAAAUUACACACAAGAACACAUACUGGAGAGAAACCUUUUUCCUGCUCAGUUUGUGGUCAAAGAUUCACUCAGAAGAGAAAUUUAAAAAAACACACAAGAACCCACACUGGAGAGAAACCUUUUUCCUGCUCAGUUUGCGGUCAAAGAUUCACUCAGAAGGGACACUUAAAAAUGCACACAAGAACCCACACUGGAGAGAAACCUUUUUUCUGCUCAGUUUGCGGUCAAAGAUUCACUCAGAAGGGCCACUUAAAAAUGCACACAAGAACCCACACUGGUGAGAAACCUUUUUCCUGCUCAGUUUGUGGUCAAAGAUUCUCUGAAAAGGGAAACUUAAAAAAACACACAAGAACCCACACUGGUGAGAAACCUUUUUCGUGCACAGUUUGUGGUAAAAGAUUCACUCAGAAGACCGAUUUAAAAAAACACACAAGAACCCACACUGGAGAGAAACCUUUUUCCUGCUCAGUUUGUGGUCACAGAUUCUCUCAUAAGGAUCGGGUUAAGACACACAAGUGUGCUGGUGAGAAUAGCAGUGAUCAAGAUGCAUUUAAUGUAAAUGUUUAAAAAAAUAUAUAUACUUUAAAGGGACUAGUUAAUGGUAUGAACAUAGGCACUUAUUCCAUAGUCCUGGACUCAUAAAUGAAAACAUCCUCCAAAAUCAUUUUUAUAGGGAAAUAUUUGAUUUUCAGACAGAUUUUGCCCCGCCCACAUUUUAGACAUGUCAGCCUGACACGUAAUGAGCAGUAGCCAUUUCCUCAUUGCACUUCAAUGUUUUCCAUGGUGUCAUUUUUGCCCAUAUUGAAAUUUUUUGUCGACAAUGUGUGAAAAUAGCGAGAGUGAAAUAUGUUGGAAGGCUUGUUGUUUAAGAACUCAACUGUGAAAUGCCUCCUUGAGAAAAGAAGACAGCCACAUCAUCCCACAUCAAGUUUUUCUCGCUUAUGUCCCGAAACCGCAACUGAGCUGAUCUGAUUUGAUCUUAUCUGAUCAAUAAGAUCUCAAAUAUUGGGCUGAUCGUUGUAAUAGAUUCAGAGGUUGACGCUGCCAUUGAGUAAAGUUGUCCAUAUCCAUUUUGUAAAAUAAAGUUUUCGGACAACAA